AUGGGUUCCGUCACGAGACGUCAUCAUUUUGACGCGGAGGACUCUUUGACAGGAAUGGAUUUAGGAAACGUGUCUAUCCAAAUUGUCGCAUCUCAAUAUCCUAUGGAAGGAAAUGGAGGAGCUGAAAAUAUUGAAUCCGAUGAGAUGAAAUUGUCAGAGGAAGUUGAUGGACAAGUUACAAGGGAAUGGAAGAGUUGUGAGUCCGACCAAGGAGGGUCGUGA